CCAGGAGUGUGUUAGGCUCUUCUCCAGGGGCGUGCGGCCUUCCAGCUCGGGCCUGGAGCUGCGGACCAGGCUGAGGGUGCCGCAGACAAAUCCUUGAGUCUUCUUUCCCUUGGCCUCCACAGAUAUCUGAUGAAGAAGGGCAAUAUUGUGGUAAAUCUGGUAAUGAAAACUGCCAGUUGGCAACCCUGGUCGCCGCACGAGAUGGGUUCGCACACUACCACCACCACCACCACUGCCAGCACCAGCCCCGCCAUGAAGCAGGCCGCCCAGCAGGAGGCACAGGGAGAAGAGGUCACUCCUCGCUGCUCUAGAAGACUCGUGGCACGGAGGGUAGUUUGGCUUGCCGUCCUGUCGGGGUCACUGUUGUUAGCACUUGUUGUAGGGCUUGUGACAGUGCACGUAACAAGAAGCGAUAUUACCAGCACGACCGCAAGAACCCCAAGUGAAAUCACACCCUCCGCCGUCAACCACUCCAGUGAAAACAGCGACACAAACUUGCGCUCGACAGAACACCCAAGUAAGGAAAGCGAUACGAGCCUCCACGUGACUGAACGCCUUGAUACCGCGAAGACAAACCAUCGAGUGACCACCAGGAGUCUUGAUAACCAGUGUAAGUCUGACGAUGAUACAAAUAUAAUACGUGAGUGGGAUGAGCAAAACACGGCUUCCAAGAGUAUCUGUGCCCCAAAGCCUCAUUACAUUUACGACAAGAAGUUUGGAGGGCAUGGAGUCAUCGUAAACAGGUGUCCCGGCGGCUGUGGCACAUGUCCACACGCCUCACAUACGUGUAGGAGUAUUGGGACAAAAGAGGUUGAAAAGCUUGCACAAUUUACUGCUAAUGGCGAAAGGUGUUACAAAAAGGUGUUAGUGAAGGAGGACACCGAAUGUAUAUGUGACGUUGGUGCUAAUUUUUGUCCCCAUGACGAAGAGAUGAAGAUUAUUCCGUGGUGAUAAGGAAAGGGAGGGAGAGGAGGAGGAAAAAAAGCAGAGAGAACGAAAGAAGGAA